GAUUCCCUUUGGACAUCUCUGUCAUCUGUGCACACAGGGUCUACUGCUUUCCCGGAUACCACAAGACAGACACACAGACAAAGGGGAGAAAAUGAACACCGGCAGGGGUGGAAGAGACAAGUGCAGGCUCCACAUUGUGACCUGGAAUGUGGCCACAGCAGAGCCUCCUGAAGAUGCCACCUCUUUGCUGCAACUAGAUGCCCAGCCACCUACAGAUCUCUAUGUGAUUGGCCUUCAGGAGGUAAACGCCACCCCAGUGAGGUUCAUCACAGACCUGAUAUCAGAAGACUCCUGGAGCCAUGUCUUCAUGGACUCACUGGCACCCAGAGGCUUUGUCAAGGUCACAUCAGUGAGGAUGCAGGGUUUGCUGCUGCUGCUGUUUGCCAAACAGAUUCAUCUUCCCUACAUCAGAAACAUCCAGACCACCUACACUCGGACCGGCGUGUUUGGCUACUGGGGUAACAAAGGAGGAGUGUCUGUACGCUUUUCCUUCUAUGGACACAUGCUUUGCUUCCUCAACUGCCACCUAGCUGCUCACAUGAACAACGCUCUGCAGCGCGUCGACGAGUUUGAGUACAUCCUGGAGAUGCAAGACUUUGACAUCUAUGACACCCCACAAAUCCGGGACCACAAAGUGGUGUUCUGGUUUGGUGAUCUGAACUUCCGCAUCGCAGAUCACGGUUUGCACUUUCUCCGCUCAUCCAUCAACAGCGGCCGGUUAAAUUUGCUGUGGGGCAAAGACCAGCUCAUCAUGAUGAAGAAGAAGGAAGCUUUCCUGCAGGAAUUUGAGGAGGGGCCGUUAAAUUUUAAACCCACCUACAAGUUUGACCGUAACUCCGACACCUAUGACACCAGUGGAAAGAAGAGGAAGCCGGCAUGGACCGACCGGAUCCUCUGGCGGAUCAAACCCAAGCCCCUGCCAUCAGAGGAUGAUGAUGAGAAGGCAUCAACUUCCACAGAUGAAGAACAGGAUGAGUAUCCAGUCCUGGUCACCCAGGAUAAAUACACCAGUGACAUGAGCUAUGGAGUCAGCGACCACAAGCCUGUCAUUGCAACCUUCAGCCUGGAGCUGAGAAAAGUCUUUGACACACCACUGGUGCGGGUGUCUCCUGUGGGCAUAUGGAGCGCAGACCAGGAUGCACUUUUGACCUACUCUGUCCUGGAGGACUUUAUGUCUUCUACGUGGGACUGGAUCGGCCUGUACAAGGUGGGAUUUAAGACUGCGUCUGACUAUGAAACUUUUGUUUGGGUUCGAGAAAAAGAACUGCCAGAGAUAAAUGAAGUCAUACAGAUUUCUGUGGAUAAAGGUCAGAUUCCUCUGUUAGGUGGACAGUACGUUUUGGGGUACUACAGCACAAACAUGCAAAGCAUCACUGGCCUCAGUGAUAGCUUCCAGAUCCUGGAGUCUAAGCGUGCUGUCAUGGAAGGCCUGGUUCCCGAGGAUAUCAAUGGAGUCAACAAAUAAGAACAGAUUCUCUGCAGUGCCACGUCUUAUUUCUCUCCGCUGCAAAGUCACACAGAUCUGAAUCAGGCUAUAAAAUUGCCCCGAGGUUAACUCCUUAAUCUACUGGAUGAGCGGACUCUGUCAUUCAUGUUGGCCCCCACAAUUUGUCAUCAUGUUAACUCCAGUUUGUUAUUUCCUACUUUGCCUUUAAGGUUCAGGCUCACUCUUGCUGAAACAAGAUCUCUAAUAAAAAAAACAAACUUUAAUGAGUAGCCUCAGUCUAUCCACAGAGCCUGUUACAGCAGAUAUACGGAGAACACAUGUCAAACUGCACAACAGCUUGAAAACAGAAACUGCAUUUGAGUUUUGUAUGUUUUGGCAGCCCAUAGUAACCAGUGCAGAUUAAUACAAAAGGUGCAAAACAUCAUUGCGUAGAAAAGUGUGCUCUUUUGUUUUAUAUGUGCUGUCUCGGUGAAGAAAGAUGCACCCUGCAAUUGAAAUUUUAAAUUUCUUGCAAUGGGUUGUCUGCACAAACUGUUGACUAUGAGAAUCUUAGAGAGGAACAUAACACAGAAAAAGAUGGUCAGCUGGUUGAUCCAAUGAACGAUGCAGGAACCUGUAGGAUGUGUGCAAAUGAACAACUGGCAGGGAGGCGCUGGGAAAAUGUAUCUGUUAUCACAGUGGCUUAUCUUUAAAAUGUGAAUGCAGGUUGUCUGUUUUCCUCUUGAUGAAAAUGUGUUAUAUCUCCCACACUGCAUACAUGAAUCAUAUCAGCAGACUAAAAAUA